AUGUGGCGAUUUCUGCAAGCCGAGUCCAGUGAUGCCGAAGAGUACACAAGCUCUGGGCAAUUUGACCCCGCCGUCUUCUGGGGUGUGAUUGCGUUUAUCGUGACGCUCUUGACAUGUGCCUGUGUCUGGUGUUGUUGGUUUGGGGGCAAGGACAGUUUCGUGUAUUGGGUCUCGGGAGAAGGACGAGUUGCCUCCGAUUUGGAAUACCAAUCGACCUUGCGACAACGACAUGAACGCCGCAUGGCAGCACGAAGAAGUACUCCCACGAAGCGCACCUUUCGCCUUAAGAGAAGCUUUGUGCGCAAUAAGGUGCAAAUGGUGGUUCAAGACGGCGAUAUCGUGCAAGGGGAUGACAUGGAUAUUACAGCUGUCAGCUCUAGUAGCUCCAGUGAGGAACCCAUGAUGGCGUCGCCUCCUGACGUGGAGAGUGGAUUGGCCACUUCGGAUGAUGCUCCAGUAGCGGGAGAGGAUGCUACCCCUUCCAAGGACCAAAGCGACGAGGACACGGUGGCAACCGACCAAGAUGGCCACGAGGAUGCAAUUGCAUCGGAGGAAACAGCCACCGAGGAAGCAAACCUGCAAGCCAUGGAAGAAGGACAACCUGAAGAGUCUGCUGCCAAUCCAGAGGAAGAAACCAUUACUACAGGCAUGGCGCAGGUCGACACUGGCGUGGCCACCACCAUUACGAUGGAUGGAGGACCGGACUUGGCCGAACACGGAUAUUUGGUGCUUCGACCUGGCAACUGCAAACAUCCACCCCAACACAAUGCCCGCAUGGUACCCAACUGCUGUGCCAUUUGUCUCUGCGAUUACGAAAAAGGAGACACGGUCGUAUGGUCCUGUCACAAGGAAUGCAAACACGCCUUUCAUCAAGAAUGCAUCCUCGAAUGGCUACUCAAAAUUCAAGACGGCGGAACACCCUGUCCUUGCUGUCGACAAGAAUUCACUGACUGGGAAACCAUGAGACAAGAACGCAAGAUCAAGUGGGCUGCCGGACAUACCUUUAAUGCCUCCUCGGUGCGAUUCACCUAG